ACCUUAAACAAAAAGAGAAAUCACAAAUUCUACAAAGACUCCAUCUUUUUUCCAUGCUAAAAUUCUACAAUAAGAAAAAAUGUGAAAAGGGGUGUGGUAAAAUUACAGGGCUGUGACGAUGCACGGAAUCACCGGUCUCCUUUUGAACCCAAUUGGCUCCGGUGCUCCUAGCUCUGCCCCGGCCAGUUCCACGAUGCAUGUUUGUUUUGGUGGUUGUGAUUAUUUGCUUUUAUUGAGCACAGAAUGGAGGUGGAUGAAUCAAUGAAAGAAAAGUUAGAGACUCUUUGAGUGUGUGAUGAUGAUGAUGAAGAAGAACACAAACUAGGCUCUGGGUUGACAGAGGUUUUGCGUGUGUGUGUGAAAGAGAGUGAGAGAGUGAGAGAGAGGGAGUCAGUCACAGAGUAAAGUUUUGAUUCUGAAAAUUUACAGAGUAAAGCAGAGGAUAGUGUUAUAUAUAAGUAUAACUUGAAGGAGAAGGAAAAGGAAAGGAAGAAGGUGGAAGGGUUUUAAAACUUUUUGUCUCCACCAGAACAAGGGCUAAGAAUAAGAAUCUAGUAAAUAAGGGAUGAUUGAACAAGUUAGCGUGCGUUUGCCUAACGCGUUUUUUGCGUUUUGCAGCAACUGGAUUCACCAACGGAUCUAUUCUUGCUACGGUGCGUUUUGAGCAACCCUCUGUUCCAAAUAUGGUGCAUUGAGCAACGGAUCUAUUUUCCUACUUUCUUCUUUCUCUCUGCUGUGCGAGAUACGCGAUAUCUCAGUGUCUUCAAUGCGCUUCAUAAAUGCUCCGUCCUCUUCCUCUUCAAUGAACUGCACCUACCCACCAAAUUCGAAAUCAUCAAAACAGAGGAAACACAAUGGUUCUUCCUUUAAGCAGAAUAAACACAAUAGUACCCCCCCUGUUCUUCCUUCACUCGAGUCCGCCUUCUCUUGGCUGUGAAUGUUGUUGCCGCCACUGUGAGCGAGAGACGCUGCAUUUAUCUGAAUGUCCAGAAGCAACAACCAUUCGCAAAAAAUGUUUGCCAAAUAUUGCUUCCAUGGAAAUCAUGUUUGAAGGUAUGGUUGCAACAGGAAAAAAUGUAUGGACCCCAAGUGGUCAAAUACCAAAGGAAAGUACCGAAGAGUUUGGGGACUCCACUAAUAGCAAAGAAUUUGUUGACCCCCAAUAUCAGCCCCCUGUGGAUGUUGACCCAAUGGAUGUUGAAGGCCCAUCAUUGUCGAGAACAGGACUAGCAAUGAAUAAGGGAAAAGGCUUGGCAAGUGGUGUCCACCUCUUCAAGGGAAUUCACAAGUAGCGUGGUAAAAAACAUUCAAUUGUGCAAGAGAUGUCCGACUCUUUGAAGAACAUCUCAGAUGUUAUCAUUGAAACUAGAAGUGUAAGUACUCAUACACCAUUUGCUUCCACAGCAGCUACUGAGGUUCAAGCAGUUAUGGACAUGGUGUUGAGUCUUCCUGGGGUGUAACCGGGUGAUCGCCUUCAUAUGUUCAGCUCCUGCUUUUUCAUGGGAAACCAAAAGGCUAGGCACAUGUUUGCAACACAUAGUCAUUCUGAAGAGUUCCAACUGAAGUGGCUAGAGAAACAAUACCAAAAAAACCCCAAGCUUUGGUAAAGGAAAGGGGAUUGUUUUGAUAGGGAUUGCUUGGAUUGGCGUUGUAGUAAUCGGAUUUUCU